GUGCGACUGACACCCCCAUUUUGCUCUCCCAGCUUCCUGUGGACACCUUGUGUUGUCUUGUGUCCUGCGGAGAGAAGAAGAGCACGGCAAUAGAGCUGCUUGUGCGGACAGCACUUUCCUUGCUUUAAUUUGUUCCUUUGUUUGUAUUGGUUCUGUUGUGUGUUUUGAAGACGCACCAGCACACCUGUCCUGAUCACGGGUGAUAGGCAAGACCGGGCACCAUGGGUGAUUCGGACAAACCCGUUGCCCAACCACAGCAACAGCAGCAACAGCAGCAUGAUGAUGAUGGCGCUGCACCACCGUCGUUGGCACCCUCUUCGGGGCCAAACACACCGACACCAUCGACGCAAUCGACGCCAACAUCAACAUCAACACCAACCACCACCACCGACGCCACGCCGCCGUCGUCCUUGUCCUCGUCAACAUCCACGGGGACAAUGUCCACAAGUUCGUCGUCUGCGGGCGUGACAUCGCACCAGCAGACGGGUGACAAGAAGAAGACACCGCCGCCCGUGAAACCGAAGCGCCGGCAGCCGCCAGUCCCUGCACAGAGGCCACGGCCAAAGGCAGGCGCACAGGGCCCCGCUGUCGCGCAUGAGGAAGGAGACGCGGACGCAGACACAUCAGCGCAGCGGGCAAGGAAGCAGAAGCCGCCAACGCCGCCGCGCAAGGCAAAGCACAGCGACCCAAACCCACAGCAGCAGCAACAGCAGCCGGACAGCAGCGUGGGCGAAAAGCAGACAGCAAAGACGCAACCGCCACCUCCUCCGGUGAAGUCCAAACCGAAGAAGGAAGCAGAUGUGGGUGCGACCGUGCACGAGGGCGCUGUCACGCAGCAACAGCAGCCGCAACAGCAGCCGCAACAGCAGCAACAACAGCCACAGCAGCCGCAGACGAAGCCCGCACCAGCUCCAAAGCCCGCGCCGGCUGCAAAGCCGACACCAACCGCGAGCAAGGGCGAGUCUGCUGAGUCAGCAGCUCCCACCCCUCCGCCACGGCCAACAAAGCACACGCCAGAGAAGACGAAGGUGACAGGUACAGGUGACUCAGCAACACAAGAACCACCACAACCGCCAACGGCACCAAACGAUGUGUCAUCCAAGUCAGUUGAUGAUGAUGAUGAUGACACGACACAGCCCAAGGGCGAUGGCGAUGGUGGAGACCUGCAGGGCACCGCUUCUGAUUGUGCUGCACAUGACGGUGAUGAGAGCCAAGAGCACCAGCAACAGCAGACGAAGGAUGGUGACCCGAAGCCACAGCAACAACCACAACCGCCACAACAGCCAUCACCACAGCCGCCACAACAGCAAUCACCACAGCAGCCACAACAACACCCACAUCAACAGCCACCCCAGCAGCAAGAGCACCCCACCCCACCAUCGGCCUCCAAGAAAGCGAAAGCGGAAGCCAGACGCGCGCGAAAGGAAGCACAGCGGCUGCAGCUGCUCGAGAUGCAGCGGCAGAUGGCAGAGCUGCAGAAGCAGUUGGCUGAGACCAGCGGCAGUGAUGAUGAUGAUGAUGACGAUGAUGAUUACGAUGAUGUUAGUGUUGGGGUCGGUCAUCAACAAGGCCCAAUGUCCGAUCAGCCAUUGCCGCCUUCCACGACUCAAGCAGCACCAUCGAGUCAGCCGCAACCCAUCGCAGCAUCUGCAUCCAACAGCGGUGGCGGCUUCCAUCGCGACGCUGAGCCAACAGAUGGGACGGCAACAGUUGUGGUCGACGACGAUGAUGAUGAUGAUGACGCUGAUGAGAUUGACGCGGGUGCCACAGUAGCUGGUGAGAACAUGGCAGUUGCCGACAAGCCUGUGCACGCCGACGUUAAACACAAUCAUCACCACCACCACGAAGGCAACGCCGCCGAUGCCAGCAACGGUGGCGUUGACAUUGACGUGGCAGAUACCACCGCCGUCACGGCAUCUUACGAUGAGUAUCAGGACCACGAAGAGUACGACAAUGACGAAGACGAUGAAGAUGAUGGGUUUGGGUUCAAGACGCCACCAAACACGCUGAAGGAGGAUGGCGAGGGUCAAGCAUCGGCAUCCACAGCGAAGACAGAUACACCGCCCAAGCUGGCCGACGCAGCCAGUGCUGCCAGCGCGAUGGCAACUUCCAAACCAACACCAACGCACGUGCCCGGCAGCAAGGCCUCAGCACAACCGCUCGAACAUCCUUUGGGUGACGGGUACAGCUCGCACCAGGAAGCCACCACCCAACAACAGCAACCGCAGCAGCAGCAGCAGCACCAACCACAACGACAGCAACAACAAAACCCGCAGCAGCAGCACUCCAACUCACAUCAGCAGAAUCAGCCCCAUCAUCCAUCACCGCAAUCAUCGUCAUCAACGCCCCACGUGCCUGGCAGUAAGGCAACAGCGCCGCCAGGAUCAUCACCGUCGUCAUCACAGCACCAAACGCAGUCGUCUGCCAUGACCAAGUUUCCCACCAACCCUUCAGCUGCUGCAACCACGACAUACCACCAACACGACACAGCAGCUGGCCCUCCCGUUGCCGAUGCGGUGAAGCAACAGCUGAAACCAAUGCGCGACGUCAAAGUCCACGUGCACGUGAUGGAGGCGCCCGGACAAAUCAUCCACAUGCUCGGGAGCCACCCGGUGUUUGGCCGACUUGACGACGAAGAUGGCAAGGAGGAGUGGAUGCCAAACGCCGAAACACGGCUGCCAGAGCAACAUGACGACGACGACAAUGAUGCCGAUGAUGGUAUUGCUGAUGAUGAUGAUGACGAUGAUGAUGAUGGUGAGGAGUUUCACGAUGCAAGGUCGAGCCCGCGGUUUGGUGGCUGGUCCAGACCAAAGCAACAGGGGAAGAAGGGGAACAGCAAGAGCAAGGGCAAGGACAAGGGCAAGGGAAAGAAGAAAGGAAAGAAGAAGGGCAAGAAGAAGCAAGGGGAGCGUGGCACCAAGGAUCGCGCUUACCGCUACUCAGCCAGUGGUGGCAGCAGGAGCUCGCGUGACCGCUACUACACCAAAACCUUCACGGUGUCUGUGCGCGGGCCCACGACCAUCCUGUACAAGCUCGCCAAGUACUUUGAGGACGACGGCGUGUGGUCAAACGUGUACCGUCGCAUUCGAGGCAAGGGAUCACUCGAGUGGCAGCGUGGCCGUAACCGUGAGCUCGCCAUCAAGGAUGACAAGACCACGCACGUGCACGUGUUCAGCGACUUUGCGACAGACAACCACCACCUCCGUGCAAAGGCGAUUCGAUUCUUCAUCCAGCGGUUUCUGCGCCGCGACAGCAACGACGGUGCGCUGCGUGCCCUGCUCAACAUAAUGCCGAUGCACGAGGUCAUGGAUAACGUGUUGAGCAACGCCCCGUUUAUGGACUCCCUGACGGGGCACCAGGUGCUUCAUCUUCUCAUGGCCGUUGGCGUCACCAGCGUUGUUGGCGAGCUGCAGUCACGGCAGUGUCGCCCCAGCACGCGAGUCCUGAUCCAGAGCGCGCUCGUGUCUGAUCCCAACACGAUUCAACUCUUCUCCGCCAGCAACCCCAACCUGCUGCGAAACCACCUUCAGCUGCUGGCUGCCCUCAUCAACACGAGUACCAACAGCACUUACUCCUACGACAGGGACGCCGGAUACAACGACCCAUGCUUCAUCAUCCUCGUUCUGGGGCUCACUCCAAACUUUGAGGCAGAGAAGAUCGAGCACAGGGCCGAGCUGCCCACCACCAACAGCAGCAGCAACACCAAUUCACACCACUCCUACAGUCCCUACCACACUCACGCCGGAUACAACGACCCAUGCUUCAUCAUCCUCGUUCUGGGGCUCACUCCAAACUUUGAGGCAGAGAAGAUCGAGCACAGGGCCGAGCUGCCCACCACCAACAGCAGCAGCAACACCAAUUCACACCACUCCUACAGUCCCUACCACACUCACCAUCACCACCAUCACAGCCGCGCGCCAAUCGAGUACAGCGAGGACGACAUCUUGGAUGCCGCUGAUUUCGUGCAGCAGUACCACGAGACGAUCCACACUGGCGGCAAAGGCGCCAACAAGAAGAAGCGGGCUGCGGGCACAUCGGGCGCCUACCUCAAGUACAUGUCCACGCUGCCACAGGCACCCGGCGGGCAAGGCGCCAACAAGAAGAAGCGGGCUGCGGGCACAUCGGGCGCCUACCUCAAGUACAUGUCCACGCUGCCACAGGCGCAGGAGCACAUCUUCGACGUGUGGCUGAGCCAGCUGCCAUCGAUUGGCAACGAUACAGACCACCCGCUCGCCACGGGUGCGACGAAGCUGGCAACGUCGGCGCAACUCACAUCUGACCAGCGCGGGCGGCUCAUGCAGAUGCUCAUGAACAACGCCAGCAGCAAAAUCUGCCGCGACAUGCUGGACAGCCUCCUCACCACCAUCCCUGAAGGCAUCACCCAGAUAAAGGCAUACACGAGCAUGUGGAGCGUGGUGUCGCCAGCAGAGGUGGAGGCAGGCAUGCGCACCUGGCUGAAGGAAGAAGCAACCGAGACGCGAACCAUGACUGUGGAUGGCCCUGACGCUGGCACCACUGGUGCAUCGUCGUCAUCAUCGCGCGGCCCACGCACGUACGCGUCUGCGACUUCCCAUGGAUACCAUUUGCGCUCGGGCAGCAGCCGUUACGCCGGCGGCUCCUACGGUUACCAGCACCACCAGUAUCAGCACCACCAGCAGUAUCAGCAGCCACGCACCAAGACGGUGAAGGAGCUGAGUGUGUGCUCACUCAUCCGCUUCGCCACCACCAUCGAAGACAGAUUGCAGCAACAACUCGGUGUGAUCAGCAGCAUGCCAGCUGGCAGGGCGGCUGAGGUGGCAGCACGCAUGCACAAGUUCAAGCCCAUUUACCUGCUCGCCGGCGACUGUGUCGAAGAGAGCAACGUGCCCCUCGUCGCCUUCUUCCAGCAGCUGAUUGCCGCGUCGAGCGGCGACGGCGUUGUCUUGACUGUGGAGCAAACGACACCAAACCACCUUUUCGGUCUCGCUGCUGACCGCGCUGUUGCGCUCGCCCGGAAGCAUCGCCAGGCCGGCGAUAAGGACCUGUGUGCCCUCCUCAAGACCCUGCUCACAGCAACACACCCGGGCAGCAGCAACCACAACAUGUUCCGCCGCGUUGGCGUGGACAUGUUGUCAGAGCUCACCACCCCGCAAACCCUCACCGACGUUGCUACCCGCCCCGCGCUGUGGCGGCUGGUGCUCACCUCGCCCUCGCCAUACGAGUGGCAGCAGACGCAGCCGGCGGUGGCGGCACGACAGAUCCUGGCCCACGAAUACGAGGCGUGGCGUGACCUCGCCAAGACGCCAGCGGACAUUGCACAGUUGUUUCCACCAAACCAGGAGCCAGGCGCGCUGCGUGACAACAGGGCGACACUCGCCAAUCUCAUGGGCAUCGUGUCGCCCAAAGGCGUGCAGGAACCGUACAUGCUGAUUGAUGAGGCGCUGAGGGCACGUGAUCGCCUUGCCGGGGAGAGCAUGACGGUGGAGAGUUUGCACCGCUACCUGUCGGAUGUGCUGCCGACCAAUACGUGGGUGGCCAGCCUACCACAGACGCUUGACACGUGGCAGACACGCCCGCUCAGCCAAGUCAGCGACAACCAUCGCUGGAACGGGGCGCUUGCUGUUGCCGACAACGGCCUCCUCCACGCCAUCCACCAGCGUGCAAUGAGCUACACCUUCCGUGCCUUUGUCAACAAGCAGCUGCACACUAACACAGACACGGGUGUUGUAACAACAACGGCAGCAGCAGCAACAACAGCAGCAUCGAGUGGUGCUGAGGGCAACGCCGACGGCGAAGGGGAUGGCGACAACAACACCAAUGACGCCGACAACGACGCUGACGCUGACGAUGAUGAUGACGAUGGGAUCAUGUUUCCGCUGUUUGAUGACGACGACGACGAUGACGAUGCUGAUGAGGGUGGACCUGCCAUCGCUGCAACGGCACCACCGCCAUCACGGGAGGCCGUCAUGGCGCAGGCAAAGAAGGAGGUGGAGGAGACACUGGUGAAGACAACGGACCUGCUGGCGGAGCACGCGCGACUGUUCAGCCAACUCAGCUCCAACACACCGCUGUCUGAUCUUCACGUCAUGUGGGGAGGGCUCACGCGCGCACAGGUGGAACACGACAUGACGCUGCUGUGUACAGUGCUGACUCAUCCCAUGAACGCUGGCACAACGUGGCACGUGCAGGAACUGGUGAAUCAGCUCUCCAGCUAUGUUGAUCGGCGCCACUAUGCACAGCGCGCAGAGCAGCUUGGCCGUGUGCUGCAGGUGUGCCAGGACCUGCUGCAGCACCAGAGCUCCGAUCUCACCGAUGCCAUCGACGCGGUGCUGGCUGUGGACGACUCGCAGACACUCUGCCACCUGCACACGGCUGUGCAGGACGUGCAGUCACAUGUCCCUGACGACCCGGACGUGUGGGAGGUACUUGGCGAGAUGGCCGACGCAGGCAACUUGCUCGAGUUCCUGCGAGAACAGGAUGGUGACGUGCGCCACUACACGGCGAGCGCGGAGGCGUUUGGUUCCGACGCAUACAUGGCCACAGCCGAGCAGGUCAACGCCUUCAUUUUGCUGCACUCGUUUAUGUUCCCGCUCAUCAACGCUGACACAAAGGCGAAGGACCUGGAGGACUUUCUUCGUCUUCUCAGCCAGCGCUUUCACCAGAGCCAGGGCCAUGCUGCAUCCUCCUCGGGAGCAACAUCAGGUUCGGCGUCGUCGUCAGCGUCAUCGGCACGUCAGCCAGACCGCCUACCGCUGUCGCAACUGCUGCGCAUCUGCAACCAAGGUCUUGAGGCGCUGCAGCUGUUUGUGAACACGCUGAGCGACCGCGGUGCCGCUGCCCGCGAACGCAUUCGCCUCGUUGUUGAUCCCUCCGUCGAAGGCGCACGCAUCGUGUUCAGGUGCGACUCGCUCCGCCAGACGGCCAGUUACCACAUCUGCAUCCGUCACAGGAGCGAGGACAUUGAGUUGUCGGAGCGCGACGUGAGCGACCUGCGUGCGCGCGCGUGUCUGCUGUCCACAGACCAGGACCAGGACGUGCGGGUGCACAUGCAGCGGUUCAGGGACUUGGUGGAAGGCGUCGAGUUGGCCAUGGCAGAGCUGAAGCAGCUGGCGGAGAGCGGACACCUUGAAGAGUUCAACUGCUACACGCACGCAAUGGCGGUGCAGGGCGCCAACCUGAAGGACUACACGGGCGCGCUGCAGACCCACCUCCUGCUGUGGACGGAGCGCUUGAAGGAAAUGCGCGAGCGCUAUGACGUGCUCAACAUCUUUUCCAACCGCCAGCUGGUGGUGCUGUUCCAUGCACUCGUGCAACCCCACGAGCACCACGAUGAGGAGCUGGUGCAGGAGCGAGACCAGCUGCUGCUGGCCAUGCUCGGUCCCCACGCCGACGUGCACCAGGUGUCGCUGUUUGUGCACGAUGUGCUCAACAGCAUGGGUGCAUGCGAUGACAACGUGCACCGGCUGAGCGAGCUGCUGGCGAUGCUCAAGUCGCUCAUCGAUGCGCCGCCACCACGCGCCCUUCACCCCUCUGGAAUGAUUGACGAGAGCAUGCUGCCGCCGUUCCGCCACGCUGCCAGGCACGAUCUUGUGCGGGUGCUGCUGUCUGAGGACGAUCGCACGACCGCCGCCUCCAUCCUGGCCGCAUUCACGGACGCCAACCUGGAGUACCUGCCUGCGCAGUGCCUCUUCUGCUCCGAGCACACGCGCGUGGCGAUUGUGCGGCUGUUCCUUGCCCGCAGCCAGGAGACAACAGACCUGCCGUUUGUGCUCGUGUAUCCGGAGCUGCUCAGCAUUGAAGCGCAGGCGGAGUUGAAGGAGGAGUUGACCAAGUGGGGCCACCGCUGCUCUAACCCUCGCUCCUCAAAGCCAUUCGCACCCGCUGUUGGCGAGCACGUGCCGGAGUCAAGCCGCCCGCUGCCACGCUUCACCGUCGUGUGUCGCCGCACCACGCGCAGUCGCCUCCUGCACGGCGUUGCAGGGCUGGUGGACGAGGACUUGACGGGGCACGUGGCGCAACAGCUGCUGGCCAACUACGCGCUGCACACGAGGGAGCACGGUGCUGUCACCGUUGUGGCCAGCGAGUACGCGCAGCAGGGCAAAUCCACCUUCAUCCAGCACCACCUCGCACGCCUUGCUGGUGGCAGCAACAGUGCUGGUGAUGGUGAUGGUGAUGGUGAUGGCGACAGUGGACGUGGCAGUGGCCGUGUUGGGCGACGCGGGCCGCUUCGCUCGUCCAUGCUCUCACGCACGUCGCAAGCUACCACCGCAACCACCGCCACGACGAAAACGGGUGGCAGUGGCGCUGAUGGCGGGGACGACCUUGUGGAUGACGAUGAAGGGGAUGGCGACGCAUCACCGACGCUCUUCUCAUCCGAUGACGAUGGUGAAGACGAUGAGUUUUUGGACGCGUCGUUUGAGUUCCCCGUGCCACCGAGUGGGCCCGUGCCUGCAGGCAUGGCGACAACAGCAACACUCCCGCGUGACGCUGUUGCUGGCGAUGGCGGGCACUACUGCACGCUGCUCGUCUCUGGGCAGGACACGUUUGACGUCCUGCACGACAAGCUGUCUCGCCUGCCGCUGAUGGACCCGCGCGUCAAGGCACUGUACAUUGACGUCGGGGCGGCACUGAACAUUGAGGACGACCUCAACAUGCAUCUGUUCCAGCUGCUGGUGCUGCGCUGCCUCUCGCGCGACGACAGGCUGUGGCACGUGCCACGCCACGUCGCGGUGUACGUUGAGAUUGGCAACACGCUGCACGACCGCUUGAGCCAGCAGCUCGCGCUCACCACCAAGGCGCCGUUUGCCGAUGAAGUGGCGGCAUCCACCACACAGGCUGCGCCUGCACAGACGGGCGCGCCCACCGCCUCUUUUACCAAGGAAGUGCUUGGGUGGGACGCAAACAACAUUCACGUGCCAACGGAUACAAGCUCCCCCAUCCAGCGUGCUUGUCGCUACCUCGACCUCCUGCACAGGGACCAGCUCACGGACGUGGUGUACAGGGAACCUGAUCUGAACGCCAUGGAUGGCAUUGAGCCGACACCACUGAGCAAGGGAGACUGCAUUCGCCUCCUGACGCAAUACUUCCCGCGCCUGCAAGCGAACCACGCCUCCUUUGGCGAACUCAACACGUUCCUCCUCGUCGCCGCCCAGCAGCUGCCGCGCAUGUUCACCAGCUCGUUCCUCACCGCCAACACGCUGCAAAACUUCAUGGAGUUGGCUGAGGAGCGCGCACAGGAGAUUCGACGCGGCGUGCUGACGGCGGUGGUGAAGACGGCUCAGCGGUUCGCCGUGCCCUCCGUUGACGCCGUGAGAGACGCGCAGCACCACCACCAGGACGCGGCAGGGACGGUCACCGAUGCCAUGCUGCGGCAGAUGGAGAGAGCCAUCACGUGGACGGAGAUGGAGCACUGGAUGCUGUGCGCUGCCAACGACGGGUGCGCAUGCCCCUUCUACUCGGACCCAAACAGUGUCCCGCCACAGGUGCGGAAGUUCUUUGAGGUGCAGGGCGCGCCGCUCAAGCCAAUGGACGCACACUCGUCGGAAGAGCUGUUUGUGCGCAUCAAGCAGCUGUUGGGCCACAACAAAAACACAGAGCAGGGCCAGUACGCCAUGACACCAGACAACCUGCUGAAGAUGGUGCUGAUCUACAUCCGCAUCACCAACAACGUGCCGUGCAUUCUCAUGGGCCACGCAGGCUGCGGUAAGACGUCCCUCUUCAAGCAGCUGGCACACAUGUGCAGCGACGUGGUUUACGAACGGCCACUUGGCAUUCACGCAGGCACCACGGCGCAGGACAUUAUCGAUUACGUCAACGCAGCCGUGGAUCUGGGGGAGAGCUUGCUGCAGGACACCGGGUACGCUGAUGUGACGGUGGUGCCCCAGGCUGGUGAUGGUGCUGGUACACAGGGGCAAACUGACGACCAGGCAGCCACGUUGGCCACAGGAGAGCAAGAUGGUGAUGCUGACCCCAAUGCUCCCGGCUCUGCAUCGACUUCGUCAACGGCAACAACCCCUGCAGCAGCGCCGUCAGCGGUGGCCAUUGCGCCACAGCGCAACAACGUCACGGUGUGGGUCUUCCUUGACGAAAUCAACACGUGCGAGCACCUCGACCUGCUGUCGGACAUCAUUGUGCGCCGACGCUGCGGCUCCCGCUCCAUCCCGGACAACGUCAAGAUUGCGGCUGCGUGCAACCCGUACAAGCGCCGUGACCGCCCAGCGCCAACACCAGGGCUGGUCACCACGGAGCGCCAGCCCAUUGACGCGCAGUCGCACCUCAUGUACCGCGUGCACCCGCUGCCGGAGGCGAUGCUGCCGUACGUGUGGGACUUUGGCGAGCUGUCUGCUGGCGACGAGCGGCUGUACAUGGGCAGCAUGGUGGACGGCCUUGGGCUGGACCAGGACGAGAAGAACGCCGUGGUGGAGAUGCUGUAUCAGUGCCACGACUACCUGAGGAAGAAGACAGAUCACAUGAUCAGCUUGCGUGACGUCAAGCGUUUCUGCACGCUGUUCAAGUUCUUCAAGAAGUGGCGGCAGCAGCGAGCAACCCUCCCCCGGACGAGGCCACGAGAGCGCAAAACGAUCCUCAGAGGCCUGUCUGAGAACAUGCACGCCGCGUGGCUGUCGCUCAGCCAGUGCUACAUGGUGCGUCUCCCUGAAGACAACAAGCGCAACGAAUUGCUUGACCAGUGCAUUGCACACGUUGGUGCACGUCACAAGCGAGGCCGCGAUGGCCUUUCACAGCUCAUUCGCGAGGAGCAGCUGGACAUGGUGGAUCGCAUGGACAGGCGGGCGCCGCAGUUCCAGAAUUUAGCGGAGAACGCGGCCUUGUUGGAGAACACGUUUUCCAUUGUCGUGUCGCUGCUCAACCGCAUCCCCAUCUUCCUGAUUGGCAAGCCGGGCAACAGCAAGACGGUGAGCAUGAGCCUGGUCAACAACAGUCUCCGUGGCCGCGACUCGCGCGACCCGCUGCUCAAGCUGUACCCGGGCAUCACCGUGUUUGCGUACCAAGGCAGCGUCGAGGCGACGAGCGAGGGCAUCCUGCAGGUGUUUGCUCGUGCGGAAGCGUACCUGGACAGCGCCAACCACCAAGAUGUGCUGCCCGUGGUGGUGCUGGAUGAGGUUGGACUGGCCGAGUACUCGCGCCACAACCCGCUCAAGGUGCUGCACGCCAAACUUGAGCCGCCAGACGGCAGCGAGCUCCGUGUUGGCGUCGUCGGCAUCUCCAACUGGGCGCUCGAUGCGGCGAAGAUGAACCGCGCACUGCACAUCUCCCGACCGGAGCCGUCGCGGAAGGAUCUUUGCAAGACCGCAAUGACGAUUGCCAAGAGCUUCAUUGCCAAGGAGCAAAACGUCACCAACGUGGGCGAUGUGUGGAAUCAUAACUUGCCUCUUCCCCUGCAAACGGUGCUCAAGGGUGUGGCAUAUGGCUACAACGCCUACAUGAGGCAGUGCAAGGCCGAGAACCGCCAGCCCUUCUUUGGCCUCCGCGAUUUCUACAGCGUCUGCAAGACUGUGUGCCGCAGGAUGGACGAGCUGAACGCGAGCGAGGGCGUGGUGGCGACAGCCAUCAUCCGCAACUUCUCCGGCACGCUCGGAGGCGACACCGCCCACAGCGACCGGCAGCUCUUCUUCACGCUCGUGCAGCAGCAGCUGCAGCAAGUGGGGUGGUACCACGCUGAUCGCUUGGCUGUCGCGCUGAUGAAUGCGAGCCACAGCACCGUGGCAUGCAUUGAGGACAACUGGCAGGACGUGUUUGCGCGCCACCUGAUGAUCGGGUCUGUUGGUCGCGCGGCGCUGUCCAUCUUGGACACGAGCAACGCCCUCAUUAUCCGCGGCAGCCAGUUUGAGGCGGACGUGGUGAGCGAGGAGUACCCAUACUCUGUGCUGAGCCAGAUCAUUCUGAAGAUGGAACACGGUGGCGUGCUGGUGCUGGUCGACCUUGAUUCCAUCUACGGUAGCCUGUACGACAUGCUGAACCAGAGCUACACCAUGAUCAAGGGCCGGCGCAACUGCACCAUAGCCCUGGGCUCCCUCAGCAACCCGCUGUGCCCCGUGCACGAGCGGUUCCGCUGCGUCGUGCUGAUGGAUCGGGAGAAGAUGCAGACGUACGACCCGCCCUUCCUCAACCGCUUUGAGAAGCACCUGCUCAGCUUCACAGACGUGUUGUCGGAGGACCAGCGGGAUGUGUGCGCGCAGGUGGAGAACUGGCUCACACGCAUCGUUGCGCGUGGACAGGACACGUCCGCCGUGACGCCACAGGACAAGGCGAGGGCCAUCCCGUGCUACAGCGACAACAUGGUGCCAAGCCUGCUGCUCAAGCACCUGGCGAGCAUGCAGGCCGCCAUGGGAUCGGGUGGGACCAAUCUGGCUGGCAUUGGCGGCGGUGGCAGAGGCAGCAGCACAUCAGCUGUUGCCGCCACACCAACGGCGCCAAGUGCACCAGGAGAAGCCACCAGUGCGUGGCAGUCUCAGGAGCCUGGUGACGAGAGCUGGCAGGAACUGCUGCAACACCAAGAGGAAGAAUUGAAGGCACACGUGCCACCAAGCUAUCUCCAACAGCAACAGCAACAGCAACAGCAACAGCAGCAACAACCUGCCGGUGGUGCGACGGGAAGCCGGUUCCUGCGCGCAUCGCAAUGGCACCUGACCCCCGACCUGGCACAGCAGCUGCAGCAGCGCAUCAAGCACAGCUUGAUUGAUCUAAUGACGCUUGAGUUUGUGGUGUCCCUCACGCAGUUUUCGGACGAGGACAAGCAGCGCGUGGUCGACGUGUACAUGCAUGAAUCGUCGCACCACUCCCUCACGGGCCUGUUGGAGUGGCUGCAGUGGUUUGGUGCUCCGUCAGGGGAUGGUGAUGGUGGUGGUGGUGACGAACAACAAGGGGCCAGUGUGCGCAAGGGCGAUUAUGGCGAUUAUGGCGAUGGUGGUGGUUAUGAUGGCGAUGGUGGUGCUGGUGGUCAUGAUGAUGACGACGCCGCCACUGAUGAAGGUGCCGCUGAAGACGAUGACGAUGAGAUGCUGGAGAAACCAAGCAAAGCGAAGAAGGCACGUCAGCAGCCGCUGCCGGCCCAGCCGCUGCGCCGCCUGUUGCUGGUGACGCGCACCAGCAUCUUCUAUCCCUUCAGGGAGGUGUCGGAGUGUGAGAUUGUGCGUGUGUCCGACAUCAAGUCUGAGCGCAUGUUGUCGCUUGAGCUGCGAGAAGCACUGCGCCGCGCCGGCCGCCACGGUACGGUUGUGGUGCAGCUGCUGCUCAACGAGUUCAAGCACCUGGCCAUGGUGCAGGAGAAGGUGGACGGCCUGCUGGCUGGCAUUGACCGGGAGACGCGCGGCGAUGCUGGUCUCAACGGUGAGCACACACAUGGUGGCCAGGGGUGCAGCCGCGUGAUUGUGUGCGUGCACAUGCACUCCAAGACGACGAGCCUCCGCAAGCAAGCGCAGGAAGUGGCCAUGCUGCAGACCAUCACCGCGUCUGCGGAGUGGGAGCUGCGCUACUGCGACGAUCUCGGCUCGCUGCCCUCCUUUGCUGCACAAGCCCUGCAGCAGGAGCAGCAUACGCAGCACGUGAGCGGUGGCGGUGAUGAUGUUGGCGGUGCGGCGAUGCAUGUGCCAGCUGGGCCAUCGGCGCCACCUGUUGUUGAGCCGACCCUCAACCUGAUUGAGCUGUGCUCGCACUCUCUGCAGGACGUGGUGCUGCGCCACGAUCAUUCGCUGCUGCACUACCGGCGCCUGAUCACCCCAGACGCGCUGUGGUGGUGCUACUCGCGCAUCGACUUCUCGCGCGUGCCGCACUGCCAGCAGCGUGCGCGGUCCUCAAUCGACCGGCUGCUGGCCGCGCUCACGUCCCAAGACCAGGAGGGCGAGCAGCUGUGCAUGAUUUUGGCGCACGCGGCGGCGCUGAUGCUGGAUUCCACCACGACGUGGGUUGCACAGCUGGCGCAGCAGGACAUGAAGCAGCCAAGCUACGCCACGUUUGGGCAGCGUGUGGUGCGCACGGCGCGUGAGGCAUUCCUGUCUGCGCUCGCACGCAUCAUCUUCAGCAUGGAGCAGCACCACUUUGUGCCCGAUGUGAGGCAGCUUGUGCCUGACGACGCCACGCGCGCGCUGCUUGCUCAGCUCGAGAUUUCCCCGCGGGCGUACGCCGUGCUCGCACUCGAUGCACUGCCGUCCACGGCGCGCGCAUUUGCCGCCAGCACUGCGCAGCACGAGCUGCCAGUUGUUGGCGACGAGGGCGACGCGGAUGACAUUUCGCCUGCAACCACAAGUGUGCUGCGUCCCGUGUCACUGCGGCUCCCAGAAACGCAUCGCUGGUACAACAGCCUGUGUGCGCUGGCAGAGGCGCUAUUUGCCGAGAUGGACGCGGCGCCCACGGAGCAGACGCGUGCCAGCCACGUGCAGGGGUUCAUCGCACGCGUGCGUGACGCCUUUUCGCACGCCAUGGCGGCCGGUGUGAGCACCGACGACGUCACUCUUGACAUCAUGGACACACAGGACGAUGAUGAUGGCGACAUGGACGACGUGAACGACAUGGACGAGCGCGAGGACGAUGAUGAUGAUGACGAUGAUGACGAUGAUGCAUUCAUGCACUUGUCGCUGACACCAGCCCACACCGAGCCGUACGCGGCGCCGGUGACAGCAACAGCAACGGGGUCGCCGUCGCAGCAGCUGCUCAGGUUCUUGCAGCAGAGCUUCGACGAAGACAAACCACUGUGGUCCGUUGGUAGUGAGCGAAGGCGCCUGGUCUCCGACACGGUUGCGCUCUUCAGCCAGAUGCUGCACCUCAACUACGCGGAGAUGACGGCACAGGAGCGGCGCACGACCCUCGCCCGGCUGUGCCGAAUGGUCACGCGUGCAGCGAUGACAUUCUGCCCCAUCUGCCUCGUCACUGCCGUGAACGUCAGCACAGAGUGCGGCCACAGAUUCUGUCGCCAGUGCAUUGUUCAAUGGGCCCAGGCGAGUCGCACGUGCCCAACCUGCCGCCGCGUCCUCAACGUGGCCAACCUCACGCCCAUCGAGAGUGAAGAAGACGAUGGUGGUAACGGUACUGGUGGCCAGACGAGCAACCACUUCUGGCUGCCGCAUGUUGGGCACGCUGUCCACACAGCUGUGCUGCACUUUGCAGGCGGUCACCGUGAGGUGCACGAGCUAUUCCAGCAAGCGCCUGGCCCCUUGUUUGAGGCACUGAGCGCGGUGAUGUCCCACGACAACUUUGAUGCAACGCAGAGCCCGCCCAUGCUCGUGCUUGCCGUUGACGUGCUGGAGCGCUUUGUGGUCGAACGCGCCAUCAACGGCUGCAGCCUCAUCGCCAUCUUGCACAUGGAACACCACCUGCAGCCGUGCGUGAAUGCGGUGCAGGAGGUGAUGAGCAACGUUGGCGACGGUAUGGGUGGCAUCUCCCCGGCGCAGGCACGUGAUGGCGUGGUUGGCAUUGCUGUGCUGCGUACAUGCGUGCGUGUCAUUGCGCGCGCGCUGUUGGACCACGACGUGGCCGAUUUGGAGACGCUGACUGACGUGCUUCCCGUGCUGUUUGGAGGAGACGAUGAUGGUGACGACUUUGCCAGUGGUGUCAACGACAGCAUGAGCGUGAUCCAGCGCAUGCGCCUGUUCCUGCUGCAGCUGCUGAAGCAAGGCCGCAGCUUUGCCGAGUUGCGCACGGUGCUGGUUGCCCUCAUGGACUACCUGCCAUGGGCAGACUCACUGCAGUGGCCAGACCUCGACCAGCAGCCGGUGCUGUUCAUCCCGUUUUCCGUUGUCGACGCUGCCGAGGAGCGGCGCCAGUGGCGGCGCCUCCGCGCUGCUGCCACCCGUCCAGCACAGGCGGCUGCGUUUGAACUUGGGCCGCGGGCCAUGGCCACCCUCAUGAUCCGCCUGCACAUGCGGCAGUGCGACGCGACCUUCCGCGACGCCGUCGUCGGCCAGCCCGCGCUCACCACGCACGAUGCAGCCGCGGAGAUUGCACCGCUGCUCACUGUCCUGCCGUCCGCGGACGUGUGGACGCGCGGUGCCCCUGAUGGCUUCACGCCGGCUGAGCAGGAGGCGUUUGUGAGGCGAAUGCAGCACACGCGUGUGCUGGUCCUGCGCCUGGCCUGCAAUGUGCUUGAUGCUUCGCUGGAGGGCCGCCGGGCCGGUUUCCUGGACACGAUUGUGCGCUCGCCCGAGCAGUGCGCACAGAUGUUCAUCCCUGCCGCUGCGGAUGACGACACGCUGGCUGCCCUGUCUGCGGUGCAGGACAAGACGCGCUUCUACCGCUGCCCGUGUGGCGAGCCGUACGUCGUGGGCAACUGCGGCCAGUUCAACGGGUCUGGGCGGUGCGCGCGCUGUGGACAAGCCAUUGGGCGCGGGGCGCAGAACCAAGGCGCCGUGAACCAGCAAGGGCCCAUGCAGCAGCAGCAGCGCGGAUACGUGCCACUGCCGCUGCAGGCCUUCCAGCGGGGGGCGCAGCCAACGCGCGGGCUUCCCCCACGCGCCGCUGCCGUGCUGGACCUGUUGGUGCAUGCUGGGCUGCUGGCUGCUGCGGCGCAGGGCAAGGUGGAUGCUGUGCGCGAGGUGGUGGGUACGAAACUGCCGCACAUCCCGGAGAACAGCAACACCGCGGACGUGUGCUAUGCGCUGCUGCGCCGCCUGGUGUCCGUGUACGAGCGACUGGAGACGACGGUGGCGGCGGACACGCGUGCGGCCGUGAGGACAAUGGUGCUGCAGCACACGUUUGUCGGCAAGGUGAAGUUUGAGCGUGUUGACCCGGCCAAGUGCGGGUUCCUGUUUGGGCAGGAGCAAGGCGUGCCCUUCCUUGAGCUGUGCGACCGGCUGUUCACGGCGCACAAGCAGUACUGCCGCUCCAUCACCCCCGAGCGGGUGCGGGCCAUGAUUGAGUCGUCCAACUUCCAGCCGUCCAUCCACGACCUGCGCAGCAAGCUGGAGGUGCUCAUGUCGCAGCUCAACGACCACCUGCUUGGCAUGGGCGGCGACGCGUCUGGCGUGGGCAACUUGCUGUGCAGGACGACGCUGGCCGAGUUUGCGCUGAUGGCGCGGCCGGUGGAUGCCACGUCGCUGGCGCUGCUGCAGUCGUGCGGGUGCCACGACCUGGCUGUCGGGCAGCUCUUUGCGCUCUUUGAGCUGGUGUACGAGCAACUCAUCUUCCAGGAGUCGCGCGGGCACACGCCGCUGGAGGAUGAGGCCGAUGGCGCCAUUGUCCGCGACCUGGGGGAGGCGCAGCGGGCCGAGCGGUUUGUUCCUGCCGCGGUUAUGCACACGCUACGGCGGUUCUACAUCACCCACUACGCGCAGUACCAGCACAUGGGUGACAUGCCGCUUGCCGACUUCUGGGGCAGCCUGAUUGAGGAGCCCGUGUUUGUCAUGGACGACCUGGCGAACCCGCAGCAACAGCUGCAGCUGCCAGACUCGCUGCUCCUGCGUCACGUCGUGCCGCUCUACGUCUGGCUGCACCAACUGCCGCAGUGAUGUGUGUGGUGGGGGGGGGGAGGGGUUGUGGGUUGUGUGGGUUGUGUGGGUUUGGUGUGUGUGUGACUUUUGGGAGUGUGUAGAUGAUUGUUGCUUUCAGUUGGUCGUGUUACUUUCUUGCUUGCUUGCCUGUGUUACUGGCAUUGUAGUUGUGUUGUUCAAGUUUCAAUAGAAGGUCGUUCCCAUUGAAGUACAAGACGAGGAGGA